UUAUUUCAGUAUGCCGGAUUAGUUGGUGAUCAACUUGAAAGGUUGGUGUUCAUUUACUCCAUCUUCGAAGGAAUUUAUCGUUUACAAAAAUCCACGAAUACGUUAACGAUGUGAUUUAAAUGAUGUGAUUCAGUGGAUAUUUAUUAACAACAAAAUAUGCUUCACAACGAUUGCUCGCAAGAUCAUAGAGAUUUCUGUCAUGACAUAUUACCACCGCGAUAUCAUUCCGAAAAAAUAAUUUCAAAGGAUAUCGAAAAAAUAGAUGAAAAGCUGACUUAGUAAUUGGCAAAAAUGGCAGUUGGUGUAUUUCCAGCCUUUAAAUUGGGCGUACUAUUUGUGAAACAGAUCAGUAAACCGUUAGCCAAGUUUCUUGUCAGUCAAGCCAAAAACCAUCCAGUUUUCAGAACUUACUUUAUUAUACCACCUGCUCAAUUUUACCAUUGGGCAGAAGUAAAAACAAAGAUGUAUGUUAUGAAUCUUGGUAAGCCCACAAAAGUAGCGAAACUAAAUGAAGCUAUGGCAAUUGAACUGGGCGCUAAUUUGAUAGGCGAGGCUAUUAUUUUCAGCAUAGCAGGAGGAUGUUUGAUGUUUGAAUACAACAGACAAGUAACAAAAGAAACAAAAAAAGAGGAGGUUAGACAGAUGCAAUUAUUGAAAUUUUCGGAGGACAUUCAAGCAUUGCACAAUACUACAUUGCAACAAGAAGCUCGAAUACAUUAUCUGCAAGAUGCUAUGAAAGAAUUAGCCAAGCACACAAGACAUAAAAUACAGACACCAGAACCGGUAUUACAGCAAACAAAUAACAGUAAUAAUUUAGAAGACAAUACGAAGGAAAGUUCUAACAAAAAUAGUAAAAACCCAACGGAAGCAAAUGAUGAAAGUGAGAAUAGAUCUCUGAUAGAGCGUGCUAUAGUGUAUUAUAACAAUGAACUAAAAGCGGAAAAACUUAGUUAAUGUUUUAUACUUCUUUUUUGAGAUAUGUGAUUUGAAAAUAUUAGAAAUAUUGACCGGUAAAUUGGUGCUAGCAUUAAAAAGAUUAUAUAAUACCAAAAUGUAUAUAAAAUCCAUAUUGUAUAUCAUAUA